CACAUGAGGAAAUCAAAUCCACCAGUGUGCUUCUGAAGAAAAGGUUGAGAACAGUAGCCACUUCAUUUGUCAAUGUGUCUUUUGAACGAGGACAGGAGACCGGACUGCUAAGAUGGAGCGUUCCGAGCCUGGAAGGUGUCAACUAGACUGCAUGGACUCUGAAAUAUCAAGUUCUCUCUCCAGGAUGUCAGUGGCCCGGUCCAGCCCGGGUACCCCUGAUCGACCUUCCCACCCCGCGGCCCCCGGGCCCCUCCAGGCACCUCUCGGCCCUGCCUUGGUCCAGUUCCAGCUAGGCCUCUUCAGGGAGGUGGUAUGGGUGCCUAGAGGGCAGCUCAGCUUUCACCACGCCAAGAGACUGGCGGCAGAGAUCAUAGAACGCAAGGCUCCAGACUGCAGUGUGGUGGGUGUAGGGGAGAAGGUCCUCCUGUUUAGACACCAGCCUGGCUCAGAACACCUCCUCCACAGACUCACAGACCAGGAUCCACUGCUGGACGGUGACCUCAUAGAGGUCAUCCUCUCAGGAUCAGCUGCUGUGACGGAGAUGAAGAUCCGCCCACACACCCUGGCUGUCCAAUCAUAUCGCACCCCCACCUUCUGUCACCACUGUGGUGAGAUGCUGUGGGGACUGAUACGUCAAGGGUUAAAAUGUGAAGGUUGUGGGUUAGACUUCCAUAAGCGCUGUGCGCUGCAGUUGCCUAGUGACUGUAGCCGCGCACGGCGUCGUGUGUGUGGCCCCAGCCUGUCCCUGUUCCCCCCUGGCAGGCCCCGGACGCACUCCCUCUCCACACCUGCAGGAGGCAGUCUAGAGGAGAUCAGCAUGUCCAAGCCCAGGUCCAGACCCCCGUCAUGGACAGAUCACCCGGUGUGGCUGGGGGUGGGCCAGGGAAAGGAUGGUGAGACGGGCAGGGCCAGGGUGCCCCACACCUUCCACAUCCACAGCUACACCAAGCCUACCGUGUGCCAGCACUGCCGCCACCUCCUCAAAGGCCUUUUCCGCCAAGGCCUGCAAUGCGCUGACUGUAAGCUGAACUGCCAUCGUCGCUGUGAGAGCUCCCUGGUCCCCGCGGACUGUCCUGGAGAGAGGAGGAACACCAAUGGGGAAGGAGACUCAGUGUCCAGUCUCGGCUACAAGAACGACACAGAGGAUGAUGAGGAGGAUAUGAGCUUGAGUUUAACAUCACUAGAAGACGAUGACGACGAGCCGUCUACCGAGGUUCCAUUUGCUGAGAACAAGGAAGUGGGACAUCAGCCAUCAAUCAUUCCAUGUUUCAGUAGUUAUAUUCCUCUAAUGCGGGUCGUCCAGUCAGUCCGUCACACUAAAAGACAGGCCAGUGGAGUACUGAGAGAGGGUUGGCUACUGCAUCACACCAACACUGACACACUGAGGAAACGUCAUUACUGGAUAUUGGACUGGAAGAGUAUCACUCUCUACCAGAACGAGAUCAACACCAAGUACUACAAGGAGAUUCCUCUAUCUGAGGUGCUGCAGGUACGAGGCCCCGCCCAGUUGUCUGUCCCCUUGUUGCCCGGCAACAGUGCCCACUCCUUCGAAGUGGUGACGGGCACGCUGGUGUACUGUGUGUCGGCGGGCCGGGACGGACAGGCCUGGGAGACCGCCGUACGCCAGGCUCUGAUGCCCGUGCUGAACAGUGGGCAGGUGGACAAACGGGGACAAGACCAUGAACCCCAGAGUGGAAAAAACCCGGAUGUCAGCUCAGUGUAUCAGAUCUUCACUGAUGAGGUGCUGGGUUCAGGACAGUUUGGAGUGGUGUAUGGAGGCACCCACAGACAGUCUGGUCAGCCAGUGGCCGUCAAGGUCAUCGACAAAACCCGUUUCCCUACCAAACAGGAGAGACAGUUGAGGAACGAGCAGGCAAUUCUACAGAAUCUGUCCCACCUCGGUAUAGUUCUACUGGAGGGCAUGUUUGAGACCAUGGAGCACGUAUUCAUUGUCAUGGAGAAGCUCCAUGGAGAUAUGCUGGAGAUGAUUCUGUCCAAUGAGAAGGGCCGACUGCCAGAGCGCACCACACGUUUCUUGGUUACACAGAUUCUAGAGGCCCUGCGCUACCUGCACUUCAAACACAUCGCUCAUUGUGACCUGAAACCUGAGAAUGUACUGCUGGCCUCCCCAGACUCUUUCCCUCAGGUAAAGCUGUGUGACUUUGGUUUUGCCCGCAUCAUCGGUGAGAAGUCGUUCCGCCGGUCGGUGGUGGGCACACCAGCCUACCUGGCACCCGAGGUCAUCAGUAGCCAUGGUUACAACCGCUCGCUGGACAUGUGGGCGGUGGGUGUGGUCCUGUACGUCAGCCUGAGCGGAACGUUCCCCUUCAACGAGGACGAGGACAUCAGACAACAGAUCACCAACGCUUCCUUCAUGUACCCCCGCCUGCCCUGGUCUAACAUCUCACUAGAGGCGGUGAGUCUUAUCAACAACCUGCUCCAGGUUGCAGUAAGGUGUAGGUUCAGUGUGGGAAAAGCACUGGGACACCCCUGGUUACAGGACUUCCAGUUGUGGUGUGACCUGAGGGAGUUUGAGAAGAGAAUGGGCUGUAGGUACCUGACCCACGAGGGGGACGACGACCGCUGGAGAUGCCACGCCUUGGACAGGGGCCUGGUCUUCCCCUCUCACCUCACCUGGACCCCCGGGCACGAUGACAGCCUGUGACCCUAGGCCCAAAUGUCAAAGGUGAAGGGUCGGACAAGAUGGCUUCUGGACUACUGGUGUGUUUCAGUGGUGUUCACCAUAAACAACUGUCUGGAUGCUGUUAGUGCUGUUAUAGCAGUCUCGUAGAAAAAGAUCACUGGAAGAGAUGACGACUCCGGAUUCGUGGACUUUAUGGUGCCCUAGUGGUGCCAGCUCUUGUAGUGGUUAUUUUUUAAUAAAUCAUAAUAUUAAGA